GCGUAUGAUGAAAAGAGAGCGCACAAAUGGAAGAAAAAGAAAAGAAAAAAAGAGAGAGAUAAUUGAGACGUUCCCAUAUCUGUAAACGUGGGUAGGGCUUCAACCGGCAACAGUCAUUUUCGAGGGAGAUAACAUAACAAAAGAGAAGGAAGAAGAAGCUCUUGAGGUCAUUCUCGUCUUUUCACAAUUUCCUCCUCUUUCUCUCCGAUCUCUCGCUGCCAUUGCGAUUUAUGUUGAUAACAUGAUAACCGAUUUAUGUUGAUCGAAGUGUUUUUGGAAGUCUUGGAAUAUUACGCUCCAUAACAUCAACCUUAGACCACCACUAUGUGGAACUUUGCAUCCAAUUGUGUAGCUGGCAAUAUUGGGCUAAAAAAUGACUCUCCAAAGCGUACUCAGCAUUUAGCAGAUUGCUCAGAUGAUGAAACAUCUUCAAUAACCAGCAGGGAGGAGGGACUUGAGUGCCCAAUAUGCUGGGAAUCUUUUAACAUUGUUGAAAAUGUACCCUAUGUUCUAUGGUGCGGCCAUACACUGUGUAAAAACUGCAUCCUAGGACUACAAUGGGCUGUUGUGAAGUUCCCUACUUUGCCGCUCCAGCUUCCACUGUUUAUAGCUUGUCCCUGGUGCAAUUUGUUAUCCCUUCGUUUGGUUUAUAGAGGGACCCUUAAGUUUCCUCGUAAAAACUUCUUUCUUCUCUGGAUGCUUGAGAGUAUGAAUGGUGACAGAACAAAGUCUCAUAAUUCAUCUUGUGGGGAUCAUCAAACAACAGCCUGGCCAUCAUGUACAAAAUUCCUAGGAAGUACAGCAAGCCAGUCUAACCAACCGAGGGGACAGUAUGUUCAUCACCCAGAAUCAUCAGGCUCGAACCAUGAUCACAAUUACAUCAGUGGUUCUCUUGCUAUUGAGAGACUUCAUUCUUCUCUUCGCAAGUCUCUUAUUUUCUUCGUUCAUUUGACAGCCAAGUUUCCUCUGGUGGUUGUAUUUCUCCUGAUCAUCAUGUACGCUAUACCAGCCAGUGCAGCAAUCUUGGCCUUGUACAUGCUCAUCACCGUUGUGUUUGCUCUCCCAUCUUUUCUAAUUCUGUACUUUGCAUAUCCCAGUUUGGAUUGGCUGGUUCGAGAAAUCUUCACCUGAAAUGCUGUUUUUGUUCUCUUGAUCUUGUGGGACUAAAACUGUGUUAGAAAGCAGCAAUUCAGUUGAGUGCAUCUUAAUUGAAUGCAUAAUUUGACGACAUUUCUGGCAUCAGUUCUCGUUGUAAAUUCUUUCAUGGUGUAAGAGGGAGAAAAUGUUUCAAGUCAUUUUGGCCAAGAAUUAUCUCAUAUUGUAGUUGGGUAUGCCAUUUGGUAAUUGUCAGGUUGUAAUUUGUUUCUACAAUAGCAACCAUUCUCCAAUGUCAGAAACAAAUUGGUUCUAGACAUUGUUAAUACAAGUAAUUUUGACAAGGAGACCAGCUGUAUUUUCAUAGUGUCUGUAUCAUCGUUCGGGAACUACUUUUUGAAGAUCUUGUGCCUGUUCUCUUGUAUGUACCCUCAAACGGUUGCACAGUUAAUUAUCCUCGGUUACUUUCUGUUAUA